AUGGACGAAAUGGAUUCUCUCCUCGACUCCCUGCUGGAGCAGCGGAAGGGUACGAGUGUUUCUUACAUUGAUGUUAGGUAUGCGAAUGUGCUAAGGCUCGAAAAAGUGCCCUCGAGAGGUGAAGGAGUGACAACGUUGAAGGCUUUACCUGUCACGGAGCCCAUCUGCUCGUUGAAAUACCCUACGAUGAUGGCAAUGGAUCCAGAAUUUCUCCCAACAACCUGCUAUCAUUGCCUCGUCAUCACGUCAAAUCCUUUGCCACUUCCCGGAUAUGGAUACACGUCGAUGGAUCUCAAGACGUGUAAUGGUUGUCAUAUUGCUCGCUUCUGUGGCAGGGAUUGCCAAGUGAAGUCCUGGCAUGCUUACCACAAAUACGAAUGCAAAGUGUUUAAGAAGGUACAAAACAAUUUGCCAUCCUCUAUGAUGAGGGCAGUACUGCGGAUGGUACUCCUCAAAGAUCGAGGUCUAGUGUCAGACGAAGAGUGGGAUCGUGUAAUAGGUCUGGACUCACAUGAACAGAUACUCGCGGGAAGAGGUCGAUCGAACCUUACAGACAUGGCGGAAACCAUUAAACAUCUGGCCACAUCAGGUAUGAGCGUGACAAUGAUCCAAAGACUCAUCUUCAUUAUGAAAUCGAAUGCCAAUGAGCUUCCGACACCCAUCUAUGGAGGUAUAGGCGUCAUGCUUGAUCCUCUAAUAGGAAAGCUUAAUCAUUCCUGCGAACCCAAUAUAUCAAUUCAUAGACCUCAACACACGAUGGCUAGUGGCUGGAUGGACUCGACGAAUCUUUCAGAAGACGAACGGAAGACUUUCAUCCAAAUCAUCCCACUGAGAGAAAUCAAAGAGGGUGAGGAACUUCUCAACUGCUAUAUUGUUCCUACAGUGGCAGUUGAGGCACGCAGAGCAAAGUUGAUGGAAGACUACUUCUUCCACUGUGAGUGUGGAAAGUGUCAGUGCGAUGUCAAGGCUGCGGCACAGCUCAUAGAAUCACAUCCAGACUUAUCAGCACAAUUUGGACAAUGGGCACAAAAGACAAUACGUUCUGUCCCUCAGCAGGUCAAGAAGCAGGGUGGGAACUCUCUGAGCAAAGCCAUGGCAGCAAUGGAUCAUUCCGAGCGAUUUCUCGAGCAUCCCACCCUGUACACAACGGGCGACUACCCGCAAAUAGCUAUGAGAUUGACACUGCUGGGGUUGCAAAGCCAAGCAUUUGACAUAGCACUGAUUAAUAUGCUCUGGGUGUAUUUUCUCGUCAAUCCGCAGCGCUUCGUUGGUGGACACACGCCGACUGAGAUCUACACAAUCUUCCUCUUGCUCGAUAUAUUGGAUGGAAUUCUGCGGAUCUCGAUGCCACCAGGUGUUGAAACAGUCGAUGCGGAAAAGUGGUCAAAAAAUCUCACGACUCGAGGGUUGACGCUGGAUGAUCUUCUCCAUUGGCGUGAUAGGAUCUGCUCAGAUCUGGAAAGGAGGCUCGCAGGAAGUGCAGCAAAGGAUCUGCUGAGUUUAGUUGAGAAGCGAAAAGAAAAGCGACGCGUUUCUCCAGCUCAAGGAAAAGAUAAAGCGCAAGAGCAAAGCAUGACAAAUGCUGAAGCGGGAAUGAGAAGUGCACUGAGACUGAAAGAGCCACUAUGGAAGCUAGCAUUGCACGAAACUGGGUGUUAG